UUUCUUUCAUAAGUGAGUUGAGCCCUACACCGUAACACUUUAGUGUAGGAUGCGGAUCCCCGUAGUUCGGCAUUUCACGGCCUCAAAGCUUGGAGAGCGGAUUUUUCUAUUUUUAGAGCGGAUGGGAUGGCCGAAGAACAGAUUGGACUGGUCCGCCGAAAAUACUUCUGUUAUGAACAGAAGCGACGAGCAGCAAGAACAUUCUCGGAGAUUUCCGACUUUGGUGUGACCUGAGUUCAAGUGUAAACAGCAUUACGACCGAACUGGGAGGCGAAUUUUGUCGUCCAGGCUGACCGCUGGUGAGCAGAGAGGGAGUCUCAGUCUGAUAUUUGCACCUGCAGCAUUGUCAUAAACGACAUCAGGAUCACAUCAAACUGGCUUGGUAACAUGUUGCUGAGACUUUGCCUAGCCCUGGCAGCUGUGUGCAUCAUUGAUAUGUCGAGCACUGAAGGAGCUAACCCUGACCUUCAGCCUCAGAAAUCCUGGAGGUGUGCCUCUACACCGUCAACACUAUAUUUACCAAUCUUUCCCGACCCUAAAACUCAGACGUGGCGCAAUGCAGGAUACACAUUUGAUGAUGCUGAGAGUAACUGCAGGGACCGAGGACUUACCCUGCUGCCGAAACAGCUUCAUGACCAGGCCUGCCUCACUAAGUACUUUGAAUACUUGACAUCGAUAUUUUAUUCACCAAACGUUCCCCAACUUGCUGCUCAGACACCUUGUACUAACAACAGGACAAAGUAUAACGCAUGCCAUCGCCAUCAGUUGAAUAAGCGCCACAGCAAUUGGACGUUAUUGGACUUGCCAUGUACACAUGGUGUCCUCUUCCUGUGCUAUGAAUCAGGGAAUCGCUGUCCCUUGUUUUCACCACUUCCAUUCGGAUAUGCCAGCUACGAGAAUGAUGGAAGGCAGCCUGGAUCACAUGUACACUUUAAUUGCAUGGACGACUAUGACAUGACUGGAGAAAAAACAUUGACAUGCUUGGAAAACGCAACAUGGAAUGGUACUGCCCCAGUCUGCUGGAAAGACCGGCAGUGCAGGAGUCUUUCUAUUCCAGUGAACGGCCACCGAGAAUACACAGCAGGAACGCAGCUCAACUCCAUUGCUCGAUUCCGAUGUGAAGACGGAUAUCACCUGAACGGCAGUGCUAUGGUAGUGUGUGCGGGGAACUUCACCUGGAAUGGUUCAGAGCCAGUAUGUGAAAGGAAUCGCUGUCCCUUGUUUUCACCACUUCCAUUCGGAUAUGUCACCUACGAGAAUGAUGGAAGGCAGCCUGGAUCACAAGUACACUUUAAAUGCAUGGACGACUAUGACAUGACUGGAGAAAAAACAUUGACAUGCUUGGAAAACACAACCUGGAAUGGUACUGCCCCAGUCUGCUGGAAAGACCGGCAGUGCAGGAGUCUUUCUAUUCCAGUGAAUGGUCACCGAGAAUAUACAGCAGGAACACAGCUCAACUCCAUUGCUCGAUUCCGCUGUGAGGAUGGAUAUCGCCUGAACGGCAGUGUUGUGGUGCAAUGUGCGGGGAACUUCACCUGGAAUGGUUCAGAGCCAGUAUGUGAAAAUCAACGCUGCAGAAGCCUGAGCAUCCCUGCCAAUGGUCAUCGUCUCUAUCAGAAUAGUACAUGGUUGUACUCCAUUGCUAGGUUUGACUGUGAAACAGGUUAUACACUCAAUGGCAGCUCUGUGUUACACUGUGGACAAGACCUGAACUGGAAUGCUUCUGAGCCGAAAUGUCAGAAAGCAUAUCAACGCUGCAGAAGCCUGAGCAUCCCUGCCAACGGUCAUCGUCUCUAUCAGAAUAGUACAUGGUUGUACUCCAUUGCUAGGUUUGACUGUGAAACAGGUUAUACACUCAAUGGCAGCUCUGUGUUACACUGUGGUCCUGACCUGAACUGGAAUGCUUCUGAGCCGGAGUGCCAGAAUGUAUCUAAUCAAUGUGAGCCAAUCCAAAGGGCAAACUGCACCUCGUUUUACAGCCAAGAGCGGCUAGCUGGAUCAGAAGCCAUGGUGGUAUGCAGUUCCUUCACUGGAAACAUCUUAGCGCUGCAUACAGACAGCAGAACACUGCUUCAUCGCCUCUAUUGCAAUGAGAGUUUGGAGUGGAUCAAUGUUUCAGAGUACCUCACUGGCGUCGAAUCUGGU